GACAAGUAUUCAUCAAAAUUGAUAUUCUGUUUACUUGAUUUACUUUGAUGUUUUGCUAGCAAUCGAUUAAAUGUUUUUUACAUGAUUAUCAUUACAAAAUAUUAUAUCCUAAAUAGAAAAUGAUUUCGUCUGAUCCGGUAUUAGAUGAAAGAGUAAAAAAGACGAGUGAAAAAAUCUCGGAAAAUCUCCAUAUAAUCGCCAAUGAUCCAUCGUUGGCAUUCUAUCGAAUGCAGGAGCACAUUCGAAAAGUGAUGCCAAUGAUUGUGGAACGUCGAGCAGAGGUGGAACAUUUGCAACGUGGCUUACAAGGGCGUUGCUAUGACCUGGAAUACUCCUUAAGUGCAAUCAAAUCGGUAGAUAAGUCGGACGAAACAUUCAAAAAUGUGCAGGAAUUGCUAAAAAGUGCCAUAUUUCUUAAGCAGCAAUUGAAGGGCGAGGAAGCAAAACGGCGACCAAGCACAGCUGGCAGCCAGAACUCGGUUUACAAGAGAUUAUCAGCCCACAUUCAAACCACACUGGAAUUGCCUGAUCUCGAUUUCUCGGUUGCAUUGCGUGAAACCACUUCUCGCGUCGAAAAUAUGAUGUCAACCGCUAGGAAUGGUUCAACACAAAAUUCAGUCACACCAAGCAGUCGGGCCAGCAGUAGUAGCAAUGUUAGUGUUAGCAGCGAAGUAAUGCAACGGUCUCAUACGACACUUCACUAGAUUUAGGCCAUAAGGAGACAAUUGUACUCAUCUUUAGACAAUUUAUGGAAUCUUUAUGUUAAGCGUUUUCUUUUUUAUUAUAAUAAAUCAAACAAUUGCUUGUUGAAAUUGCUAUGGAUGCUUUUGGAAUUACAACCGAUUUAAUGCCACCGAAUAAAAUACUCCACGAAGGUGGUUUUUCAAACGAAUUGAAUAUUCGAUGUAAAUUUUCAUUUGAAAAUCAUAUAUUUUCUAGAAAAGAAAAUACAAAUAUUCCAACUUUUGUUUAUCCGAGUCGUUUAAAUAAUAAUAACAACAGUACGAACUAGUUUGCUGGUUUACAGCAUGGUUUAUGACAACGGAUUAUGGAGAUUAUGAGCUGAAACUGAAUUCGAAAUACCUGUAUUUUUUCUCAGUAUAUUAUAACUUGAACUUCUGACAUUGACAAUAAAUAUAUAUAUAACUUG